AUGGGUGAGAAGGAAAAUCCCACGUCUAUCUCGGAGAUCUGGGAGGGUGCACGACGUGAGUUCGAGCGAUUGACCGGUAAACAACUUCAGCCGACAUCGGCGGCCUCAUUGCAACAUAUUCGUGACACGAUCGAAGCUUCUCGUUCCUCGAAGGACCCCGGUGCUGAGAAGGCAAAGCAAGCUGGUCUACGAAUUGUGAAAUGUAUACAGCUGUUGGGUGGAGUUGCCUCUCAGGCAGCGUCGCUGGUCUUUCCCCCGGCUGGCGUCUGCUUCAGUGCAUUAUCUUUUCUUCUCGAUAUCCCACCAAAGCUUCACGGCUUCCAUGCCGCCAUUGAUGGCAUCUUCAUCGAGGUUGAGCCAACACUGGUGCAGUUCGAGAUGUAUCGAGACAUCGAGAGCAAAGAUGCGGUCCAUCCCGACAUGGUCUUGGCUAUCAACAAGGUCAUGAUCAGUUUUGUGACUCUUUGUGCCAAGUGCAUCAAUUUCAGAGAUGGUGGCUUCUUGGUACGCCUCAAGGCUAACCUCAAAAAAUCCAUGUUUGACGAGGCGGCCAUUCAAGACGAGCUGGAGCAUUUUAAAAGCCUGAUUCAAACGCAGAAGAUUAUUGAAGGCACCUGGACUAUUCAGCAAGUCAUCGAAACCAAGCGAUCAUUACUUUUGGUCAAAGAUGAUACUGAAAAGAUUAUCAAGACAACGGAUGACAUUAAAGACAAGGUUGGGACUUUAUCUGCGGAGCAACAGAAGCGUCGAACCGAGCAGACAACCAAGAACCACUUGGAGAAGAUUCGAAAUACUCUAGGUCUUUCGGAAAACGAAGUCACGGGCACAAUUAAUGUCUGCGAUACCCUGUGGAAGAGUACCGUCAAGGGGAGUGGAGAAUGGUUGAAUCAACUGGACGAGUACGUGAAUUGGGUGAAGAGAGAUCCUCCGGAGACGAGUCCUUUACUUUUAUUGACUGGCGACGGUGGCUGUGGAAAGUCUGUGCUUGCCUCAGUCGUUUAUAAGAAUCUGGACAAACGAUCCUCUUCCUUGAUCCAGGAGACCGGGCGGACGCUGGUUCAAAAUGAUGGACGUACGCUCGUUGGAUAUUACGCCUUUGCUCCCACAGGUAAGAUUGACGACGACAAAACACCUGCCGAGACAGCGUUGAAGUGCCUAUGCGUUCAAUUUGCUCUACAAGACGCUGCAUACGCGAAGCAUCUAGCAGAGAGCUUCAAAGAUAACACAGAUGGAUCCAAGGACGGAUCCGACACCGCCAAAGAGCAAGCCAAAGAUGCGAAGUACUUCCGAGAUGCAGACUGUCAACAACUUUGGACGGACUUGAGACUUGGAGCUCCCACGCAGACUGCAACCCACUUUUUGCUGCUUGACGGGAUUGACAACCUCCCGGCCAAUAAGCUGCAGGAGCUUGGAAACAUCUUCCAAGGCAUGGACGAGAUCCAAGGCUCGGAGCCUCGCAAGGAAGCGCGCACUGGAGCUAGAGUUCUUGUGUGUGGAAGCUUGCAGAAACUGGAAAAUCUGGGAGAAGCACCUGGUGGAGGGUUGCAGUUUCCUACGAUUGAUGUUGGGGCGUGCAAUGGCGAUGACAUCGAUAAAUACAUUGAGCGCGAGCUGCAAAACUCAGAUUUGUUCCAAGCAACCAAUGCACAGAAUCGACGACUCAAAGAAGAAGUACAGAUCGCCCUCAAGACACGAGCAGAGGGCUCGUUUACGCAAGUGCGAAGCGACAUCGGCAUGGUCAAGGGCAUUGUGGAGGCUGAGAUGACGGAGGACGAUCUGAAAAAAGCUCUGAGCGCAACGAAAAAGAAUGCAAAGGCUACGGUCACUGAUGAUAUUGCAUCGCUCGAAGCGUUGCCCAACAACCAGAAACUCAUCGAUGAGGUGAAUGAACUACUCUUCUGGGUUGACCUUGGACCUUACUAUUAUAGUGUCGAAGAACUCGAAGGAAUUCUCUUCCUUCGCUUCGAAGCGACAUCACUCAAGUCUUUACGGGAGAAGCUUCAAGGCACUUAUUCCAAACUGUUCCUGAUUGAUUCAGACGGAGACGUCUUGCUACAGGACCAUGUCAGAGAGCAUGUCAAGCUGGAGGACCGAGCUCAGAAAAGAGCAUCCAACGAACGAACGAUUAGCAUCAACAUUACCAUCACUAAUGCCGACACCGAAAGCAUCCAGCGCUUUUUCUGGGACUUGGGCCGAUUUGGCGCCAUCGACCAGUUCAGAUUCGCCCCGACUGGCAUCACUGCCGAUUCUUCUUCCGGCUUCAGUCCCACCCAGAAGAAACGCAUUGGGAUCAACGACACUGAUUCCCAUAUCACUAUGCUCAAAGCAGUAUUCUCACUGCUAUUUAAUCCACCGAACGAGACGACUGAGCUUGUUGGACCGAAACUUCUGGCCGGCCUCACGUCACAUCUGGAGAAGCUGCGCACAGCAACUGAAGCUGAUGAGUUGAACGCGGAGGAGAGGCGAUUCAUUGCCAGGAAUGUCAUUGAUAUCUUCCACAACCCAGAACAUCUUGAGAAGCAUUGGACGAGUACUGAGCUACUCGGCUGGAUGGAGAAUCAAUCCGAGAUGGACUAUAUCUGGGGUUGGCUGAAGGACCCUGUGGCUAUCAGCAAGCUUGAAUCUCCGAAGGCAGAGUGGCUGGCUGCUGCGACAGAUGAUUGGAAUCCAACGAGAAAGUUGUUGACCCCUUUUAUGAAAAUGCUUGCCCGUCGAUGGUUACAAGAUAGAGAAUGGCAGACGCUCCGGCCAUGUGCUACAAUUCUAAACGCACUGAUAAUGACUUCGGAAGACAACCGCGGUCUUUCUGACGCAGUCAACGUAGCGAACGACGCAUAUAUAUCUAUCAAACGCGAUGAACUCGAUCAGAUCCGGCCCUUCCUGAUCGAAAAAGCGGCCAACUGGAGCAAAGCUGCUCUUGAAAUUGACGAGACCGAUUUCGUCUGGCAUUUCCUGGUUGUGCUGACGUUGUAUCAGGCCGCCAAAAUCCUUCAAGAUACCGAAGCAUCCGGAAAGGAAAUUGACAAGAACGAGCUUCGCGACAUCUUCCUUCAAAUGGGCAGGUUGUCCUCGGGUGAGAAGGAACUUGAAUACUAUGAAAAGGCCCGUGAACUUGACCCUGAAUACAUCGAGACUCGGUAUCGCAUUCUCAAGAAUCGCAUUUCUAAUUGCACGGUCGACGGCCGGGCGGCUGUCGUUCGAGAGGCCCUCACUACCGAGGAUGGUUUGCAACCCAGCCUAUUGGAACCUAUCCUGCAGCUGGUCAUUGAUGACUACAAAGUUGAUGUUGAGAGUGAUUUGUCCAUAUUCACCAUCUUCAACGCAGUCCUUUCUGGCGCAUCGCUCAUCCCAGAAUACUGGCCCGAGCUACUUCAGUGCAUGGACAAGGCGAUUGAGAAAGCCGAGAGCGAGAAUUGCGCCGAUGACCUUGCAAUUCUCCAUCUACAUAAGGGAAUUGCAGCUUCCCUUUGCGGGGAGGACUACACAUCCUCAAGAUCCGAAGUGGAGCACUGGCAAGAGUGCUGGGCUAUUGCUCAAGAAAAUAGCUACAUGAAAGCGGCCAGCAGUGCCACAGCACUUUUGGUCGGCGAAAAAACCGAUACCAGAAGUCUUUCUAGUUAUCUCUUGAUUCUCGUUGGCGAUAUACUCAGCAAGUAUCACUUUGAUCAGACACGCCUCCUGCUAGACGGCGAAGAACAAUCAUACGAGAGUCAGAUCAAGGAGCUUGAGAGGAUUGCCACGGAUCAACUUCCCGAUGGAAUGUCGGGUUGGACAAAAGCAAAGUGCUAUCUGGCUUCUCAAUAUGUAUUGCGUGGUCAGGUCGCUCAGGCCCAGGCACUCUUCCGAUGGGACAUGGCGGUUGUUUUCAACAUUCUUACCGAUGAAGACACUGGCAAUGACUGGGUGGGAUAUAGCAAACUUGCACAUCUCUUGACCCACGUUGGCGAUUACGACAAUGCUGGGGUAGCGUACAAGCUCAUUCCAAGUGCCUUCGUGAACCAAGAGAUUCUAACCGAGCUAUUGAAAAUCGGCGAAGAAGCAGCGGCAGCGGCUGUAACUAAGCAGAUCAUUGACUUCUAUGCCUCAAACUGUUCAGAAGGUGACACGCCUGUGAACCAGGUCAUCGCACUUCAGAACGAGGUCACCAGACUCUCUGAGCAAGCGACGGAAGAAGGAUCACCGCAUUGGAAGGCCAUUGCAAAGAUUCUGAAGGAGUUCAAUGACGACGUCCUCGUGUUGGAAUGGUACAUUCAAUGCGAUAACUGUGAAGCGCGCUGCGGAUUCGACGAGUCCUACUGGGCCUGUGGAUUCUGUUUCUGCACUCAUUUCUGCGAAAGCUGUUACCAGAAGAUCUCUGCCAAGGAGAAGGUUUCUAAAGAGCGGCCUAAGCUGCUGGUGUGUAGCGAGACGCACGAUUGGUUCCGUCUGCCUGUCUGGGACGCGAAGAGUUUUGCAUGGGCUUGUCGUGGACACCUUCCAGGUGUCGAGACGGAUGGGGAGAUUGUGGUUUCUCCGGAUGGUGAAGCUAUUCCUGUGCGGAAGUGGUUGGGCUACCUGUGUGGUAAAUGGGAGUUGAAUAAGGAAGACUGGGGAUUUGAGUGA